GGGUCUGGAUUCCUGAAAAUCCUUCUGGAUAUAAGGAAGAGCCAGCAUCGCUGUGGACCGAGUGCUCUUCAGGGAGCAGCCAGCCAGCCAGUGCUCAGUCGUGCAAGUUGAACGGUUUGGGGAAUGACAGGGCCAAUAGAUAACCAGGGUACAAAAAGAGUCCUCAGGGAAGAGAUGGCUGCAACAGAAAAAAACUAAAUGAAUUUUUUUUGCUCCUGUGUUCACUGUGAGGAACUUGGAGAGCUUCCCGCACCAGAACACUUCCUUAUGGGGAUCGGCAGAGGAUCUAUUUCAAGCUGAAGUGUCUGUAGAAGAGUCACUUCUUGGACCCCAAGAACAGGACAACAAGUUGGAGGAACUCUUCUGCUCAGCAAUUCUCAUAUUGCCAUGGCGUGAUCUGAAUACCUACAAAUUACAGGAUAGCUGGACUCCAGACAGCAACAUGACUGAACGCUUUGACUGCAACUACUGCAAAGAGUCCCUGUUUGGUAAGAAGUACAUCCUGAGGGAAGACAGCCCGUACUGUGUGAAAUGCUACGAAAACCUUUAUUCCAACACCUGCGAGGAAUGCAAAAAACCUAUUGGCGCUGACUGCAAGGAUCUGUCUUACAAGGACCGCCACUGGCACGAAACCUGCUUCCACUGCUUCCAGUGCAAGAAUCCAUUGGUGGACAAACCCUUUGCUGCAAAAGAGGAACAUCUACUUUGUACUGAUUGCUACUCCAAUGAAUACUCUUCCAAAUGUAAUGAGUGCAAGAAGACUAUUAUGCCAGGUACUCGGAAGAUGGAAUACAAGGGCAACAGCUGGCACGAGACCUGCUUUAUCUGCUACCGCUGCCAACAGCCUAUUGGGACAAAGAGUUUCAUCCCUAAGGACAAUCAAAACUUUUGCGUACCUUGCUAUGAAAAGCAGUUCGCCAUGCAGUGCGUCCAGUGCAAGAAGGCUAUCACUACAGGAGGUGUUACUUACCGGGAGCAGCCAUGGCAUAAGGAGUGCUUCGUUUGUACUGGAUGCAAGAAGCAGUUGUCUGGACAACGCUUUACCUCCAGGGAUGAGUUCGCAUAUUGCCUGAGCUGCUUCUGCAACCUCUACGCCAAAAAGUGUGCUGGAUGCACAAACCCAAUCAGUGGACUCGGAGGAACCAAGUACAUCUCCUUUGAAGAACGGCAGUGGCAUAAUGAUUGCUUUAACUGUAAGAAGUGCUCUCUCUCAUUAGUGGGUCGUGGCUUCCUCACAGAAAGGGAUGACAUCCUCUGCCCUGAAUGUGGGAAGGAUAUUUAAAGCUCAAAAUAAGAGGUGGGGAGAGGGGAGGAAAGCCAUGCUUGCAAUAUAUAGUCUGAAAUACACGGAUGUUUGGAACUAGCUUUGCCACUCUGUGUUUCGCUGUAUUAUUAACAUCACUUAACCUUUUUCUUCAAACUCCAAAUCUGGAAGGAAAACAACGUCAAAAUCUCUAGUAGCAGCACUGGUGUUUAAGAUUUCUACAGCUAACCAAAACUAAUGCAAAACCUGAGAUGUAAAACUAGUUGGGUGUUAUUGACAUAACAUACUCUUUUUUCUUUUUUUUUUUCCUUCCACUAAAUAUUCCAGUUACGAGCAAGUGAUAUAGUUCAAGGAUUACAAUGGCCACCCACAAUACAUUCAUAGAUGGAUAUUCAGGGCGAAACCCUCAGCCCGCUGAAAUCAAUGGCAAACACCAUUCAAUUUCAGUAAGGCUGUGGUCUCACCUCAGUGUUCUUGAGCUAUGUGACUAGUGUGUGCUGUCAAGUGUGUAGAAAGACUGCGAACGUAGAGGGUGUUUCAACGUACAAGGAUUUGUGCUAUGCCAUAAAGAGAUAACGAUAAAACAGUUGAAGUGGGAGUGCUUCAUAACAGGUACAUUUUAUUGCAUGACUAGCUGAUCAUUGUGUGAAGUACAAGUUCUGAUUGACAGUAUCGGUAUUACAGUUAGUCAACAUUACACUGCACAUUGUAUUUUUCAAAAUAAAAUCAUUUUAAACAGAA